ACCCCACAAAAAAUCCACGCUUCCCUUCACUUUUUCCUUUUCUUUCAUUUUCAUUACACACUUUUUCUUCUCCCUCUCUCAUUUUUCCGACAAAGAUCACUCUCCACUUCAAACCCUGCUAACUUCACCUCACUUCUUCAUUUCCACACCUCCCUUUCUUCAACCUCGUUCACAUCUUUUUUGGAUUGGUCUGUAUGACGUCAGGGACGAGGCUGCCAACAUGGAAGGAGAGAGAAAACAACAAGAGGAGAGAGAGAAGAAGAAGAGCUAUAGCUGCAAAGAUCUUCUCUGGUUUGAGAAUGUAUGGUAACUUCAGAUUACCAAAACAUUGUGAUAACAAUGAAGUUCUUAAAGCUCUUUGUAAUGAAGCUGGUUGGACUGUUGAACCCGAUGGAACCACUUAUCGUAAGGGAUGCAAACCUUUAGAGCAUAUGGAUAUAAUUGGCGGUUCAUCGGCUGCAAGCCCUUGCUCAUCUUACCAUCCAAGCCCGGGCUCAUCGUCCUUCCCAAGUCCAUCUUCGUCUCCUUACGCAGCAAAUCGUAACACCGAUGGUAAUUCCCUCAUUCCGUGGCUCAAAAACCUCUCCACAGCUUCAUCUUCAGCAUCAUCCCCGAAACUUCCACAUCCCUACCUUCACAGCGGCUCCAUCAGCGCGCCUGUCACACCUCCCCUGAGCUCUCCAACUUCCAGAACACCGAAAAUGAAUACUAAUGACUGGGAAGAACGAUCUGCACGGCCGGGAUGGACCGGGCAGCAUUACUCUUUCCUGCCUUCUUCAGGUCCUCCAAGCCCCGGCCGUCAGAUAGUCGAUCCUGAAUGGUUUGCAGGGAUCAAACUUCCUCAUGCUAGUCCAACUUCCCCAACCUUCAACCUUGUCUCUCGAAAUCCAUUUGCUUUCAAGGAAGAUGGCUUUUCGGGGAGCGGUUCGCGUAUGUGGACCCCUGGACAGAGUGGAACGUGUUCUCCGGCUAUUGCAGCUAGCUCGGAUUACACUGCUGACAUUCCUAUGUCAGAAGCAAUCUCAGAUGAAUUUGCAUUUGGAAGCAACACAUUUGGGAUUGUGAAGCCUUGGGAAGGAGAAAGGAUCCAUGAAGAAUUUCUAACAGAUGAUCUUGAACUUACACUUGGUAACUCAAAGACCAGGUGAAGUCUUUAUAAAAAGGAAUGUCUUAACUUGUGUUGUAAACCACCCGGAGUCCAGCGCAAGCGGUUGGCAUGCAGCGUGUUGUAAACUCCGAGAUACCGAGUUCGAUAAAAACAUAGUUACCUAUCAUUUAACUUGAGUUGAUUUUGUUAAGAAAUGUUUGAGGAAAUGGAGGUGAGUGGAAGAAGCUUUUACAUUUUUUUUCUUUUCUUUUUCCUGUAAUUUUUCACUUAUAUUUGGUCAGUACUUCAGUAAUAUACAUGGUUAGUUAGGUGUGGGAUGGAUUUGCAACUCAUUCAUUUCAUCAUUGUUGUUAUUGGACUCAUUAGUAUACUUUAUGGAUUGGAUUGGUUUGCCGUGGAAAAAACCGAAUGGCUUUGGAAAAUGUUGAAAUCUAUUACCUAGUUCAA